UAUGUAUGGAUUUGGACUUGGAUCUGCAUAGUUUCUUUAUAAUGGAGACAUAAUCACUCAUGGUCUGGAGUGGACUCUCAAGACUGGAAAUUUUAAGGUUAAAAGGUUCAAGAUGGAAAGGAAAGGAGUAACACAGAUGCUACAAAGGUCAUCAUAUGUGAGUGCUUUGGCCCACAUGACUAAAGUUUUUAAACAGUCUGAUAAGUCCAAAAAUUUUGGCAUGCUUUGUCCAUGUGAUAUUCGGGUGAAAGCAUGUGGAGUAGUAAGGAGUCUGGCUUUGAUGACUCAUGUCACUACUGAUAUAGAGAAAGACUGUUCAAUUGGUGUGGUAUGUUUUGGGUGAUAUCGUGAAAUCUUCCUUUAUGGUUUUGUUAUUAUUAUUACCUUUUUGCUUUAGCUACUGCAGUUUUUAAUGACUGUUCGUCUAAUCAUAUGUGUUUGUGUGUUUAAAUAUGAGAAAUGAUGUUUUGACACAAUUUUGCUGAGGCGCAUAAUGGAUGCUUAUCAGAAUAAGGAUGCAUUGGAU